GGUCGUCGGAAGAUAAAAGGAAAUGUUGCCAAGACACCGCCUCCAAUCAUGGAGUCAAAUCAGCGAAACGAAGACCACUUUAUCGACGACACUGCGAACGAGUUUGAAAUGGAAAGUACUUGGUUGCCAGUGUUAUAUCUUUGGCCGGAUUUACUAAUCCGAUAAAGACGCAGUGGUAAGAUUAGACGUCCUUCUAUCUGAUUGUAGUUUGGGAAUAAUUGGAAGCUAAAUUAGCAGAUUUAGCGUUGAAGGCAAUUGAUGAUGGAGUUGACUAUACUGCAGAAGAAACGGAGAGUGAAUUCCUGAAGCCCUGCUACCAGAAGUGCAGAGUGUUCCCCCCCACAUGUGGUAGGACAGCAGUGUAUUGCCAUACACGUCAGCACCUCUCCAGACAAGGACAGCAUUCAUACACCAACACUCCCUCCAGCUUGGAAUUCUUCAAGCAUGCCUUUGCAAUCAAGGAGACAGUGGACCACGGUGGUAUUCGGUGUCAUUCUCGGAUUCACUGUGUGCUCUUGGUUCAUUGUACCCCAAGUUCUGGAAAGUCAACGGAAUGAAUCCCCCCUGUGUUCGUUCAAAAGUGAGUCCGCCGCCGGGAAAAUGCCGGGAAAUCUCGGUGACGCUGACGACCGGGGAAGUCACUUCUUCAGACAGGAGGAAAGCAAGCCUGACCGUCGUGGAGAUGCCCGGGAAGCCAUAAGCCGCCCCACACGGUUCCUCUAUGUGGGUGUGAUGACCGCCAAAAAGUACCUGGCUUCCCGGGCCGUGGCUGCGUUCAACACCUGGACACGUUCAAUUCCCGGAAGGGUGGAGUUCUUCUCCAGUGAUGGCUCUGACAACGUGCACGUCCCUGUUCCGCUUCCGGUGGUCUCACUGGCCGGCGUGGACGACUCCUAUCCACCGCAGAAGAAGUCAUUUAUGAUGCUGAAGUACAUCCAUGAUCAUUACCUGGAUAAAUAUGAGUGGUUCAUGCGAGCGGAUGAUGAUGUUUAUAUAAGAGGUGAGAAGCUGGAGUUGUUUCUGCAUUCUCUGAACAGUAGUAAGCCUCUUUACCUGGGCCAGACUGGUCUCGGCAUGGCAGAGGAGUUGGGCAGACUGGCACUCGAGCCUGGGGAGAACUUCUGCAUGGGUGGACCUGGGAUGAUCUUCAGCAGGGAGGUGCUACGCAGGAUGGUGCCACACAUUGGUUCAUGUCUCAGGGAGAUGUACACAACCCAUGAGGAUGUGGAAGUUGGCCGUUGUGUACGACGCUUUGGUGGGACACAGUGCGUGUGGUCUUAUGAGAUGCAGCAGCUAUUCUACGAGAAUUACGAGCACAAGAAAGGUUUCAUCGACGAGCUCCACAGUAGCAAGAUCCACAAUGCCAUCACACUACACCCAAACAAAUGGCCCGCCUACCAGUACCGCCUCCAUAACUACAUGUUGACUCGUGAAAUCUCAAGGCUUCGUUACCGCACCAUUCUGCUGCACCGUGAAGGCCUGAUGAUGACCCACCUCAGUGACACAGAAAUGCUGUGGGAGGACCAACAGCUGGGAGCACCACCCUCCUUCAUGCGGUAUCAACCCAGUGAGCGCCAUGAUGUCAUAGAGUGGGAUUUCCUGACUGGCCGUCACAUUUAUUCUGCUGUUGAAAACAAGAUGGCACGCCAAAGCCUCAGUACCUCACUGCGAACUGCAUUAGAAGACAUCAUGCUCCAGGUGAUGGAAAUGAUUAAUGAAAAUUCUAAAACACGUGGCCGUGUCAUAGACUUUAAAGAGAUUCAGUAUGGCUAUUACAGGGUGGAUCCAAUGCACGGGGCUGAAUACAUCUUAGACUUACUGCUCCUGUACAGAAAACACAAAGGACGUAAAAUAACUGUGCCUGUGAGGCGUCAUGCAUACCUUCAGCAGUCCUUCAGCCGACCCUUCUUUUGUGAAAGCGAGGAGUUAAAUGUGGCUGAACUCGUGCCCGCCAUUAAUUCUGAAUCCCAGUCCCUAUCUUUUCUAUCCAACUCCUUGAAGUUAUUGUCCCCUUUUCAGUUCUAUGAGUCAACCAGAGAAAUGUGGGAGCAAAGCCAGAGGAAAGUUAACAUCCUUGUCCCGCUGUCCGGUCGCUAUGACACCUUUGUACGUUUUAUGGAGAACUUUGAGGAAGUUUGUUUGAUACCCAAACAAAACGUUAAGCUCUCUGUCAUACUGGUAGACAAUGAGAGAUAUCAAGACAAAGGAAAACAUGUUCAGUUAAUCAAAGAUUACAACAAGAAAUAUCCCAAAGCUGACCUAUCAGUGAUUCCACUGACGGGCAACUUUUCACGGGGAUUUGCUCUGGAGCUGGGCUCCUCGCUGUCUGAUAAUGACACUCUACUAUUCUUUUGUGAUGUUGAUCUUAUCUUUAAUGCGGAUGCCCUGCAACGCUGCAGAGAUAACACUGUGCAAGGGAAACAGAUCUUUUUUCCUAUUAUAUUUAGUCAGUACAACCCAAAUAUAGUGUAUGCUGAUAAGGCCCCGAGAGAAAACAAAUUUGUUCUUACCAAAAAAAGCGGUUUUUGGCGUGAUUAUGGCUUUGGAAUAGCCUGUGUUUUUAAGAGUGAUCUUCUAAAAGCUGGUGGAUUUGACACCUCAAUCCUUGGCUGGGGGUUGGAAGAUGUAGACCUUUUCACAAAAGUUAUUCAUUCUGGUUUAGAUGUGUUACGCAGUCAGGAGCCAGGAAUUAUUCAUAUUUAUCAUCUUGUCCAUUGCAACUCAAGUCUUGAUCAAAAGCAAUUAAAAAUGUGCCUUGGGUCCAAAUCAAGUACUUACGCUUCAACAAUGCAGUUAGCAGAGAUGUGGAUGGAGAAACACACAGAAGUAGCGUAUAACAGAACUUCAUCCUGACAUUCCAGUUUAUGUUGACACCACCAUACAAGUUUACCUCAUCUCUGCAUGGAAAGCUAACGCUGUGCACAGUGACGUGCGGUCAAGGGAGGCAGUCUUGAUGAAAAAUUACCCGAUAACCGAUAACUUAUUAUAUCUAUUAUUUUUGUAAAUUUAGAUAGAACUGUAUCUUGUGCACACCCGGAGGUAAGAGCGGAUUUGACAAACUUGUAGAUUUGUCCUUACCAAAUAGCACGACAUUACUACUAUUAACAAAACAUAAAAAAUAGUGGCGGCUCAGAGGUACAAACCAUGGCGCCAAGGAGUUUACUAGCUGACAAAAGCCGGUAUCUUCUACAUGUACAACGGUAAGGGGCUAGUCAUCCAACGACAUCAUCUCCAUGAUGAAAUCAGAAUAGAUCGCUUGAACCCUCGGGUCGCCUCUGGCAAACUUUUCUGCACUUUUCAAGCACCGUGGCGAUAGGAACAAGCCCCGGCCCCCAGGCGAUGUAGCCAUCCUGGCGUUUCAGGUGGCUGAUAAAAUUUGAUGUGUUGAAGGUCAAUGUUUUUUUUCCUUAUUGCGGAAUGUUUCCAGAGCUUUUUCCGAAAUGUGUGCCUCUGAAACAGAGAGAAAUCCCACACCAUUGACGCCAUGUUUGUUUACGAGUGAGCUUGAGGAAAGUUACGACAGGCCGUUUGCAACACGUCACAGAAAAGGAGCGCUUGAUUUGCUCACACUAACCCACCCACAGCACAGUGCGGGUAAUCUUGCCUCAUUUAAGGCAAUUAUUUUAUUUUUUUUAAUGUUAGCGGAUUUAUUUAUCGGUAUGACGUCAUAAGUCCGAUAAUUAUCAUGCACUCCAAGUAAAAAUUGCUGAAUUUGCAUAUUUCCUAAUCAAAUACACAACAGAAACCUGCGAGGAGGCUGCGGCGAGUGCACUUAGUGUAUUGAGUUGGAUGGACAUA